UAAAAACAUAUCCAAUCAAAUGGUAAUCUCGAAGAAUUAAUAGACCUGCAAAAUCUCGACAAAACAUGACGUCACAAAACGCGUGCGCGCUAGGCCUCUAACAAAGACUUGUUUAUGACGUCAUAAUGCAGUGAGUUUCCUGCGCAGUUUGCAGUUACAUGGCGCAAACGGAUGACGUAGCAGUACACGUACUGUGUACAGGAAUGCGCACUGUACUACUGUCAUAAACAUUGUGCCACAGAUACAAAACACAAAUACCGAUAUAAUAUAAAAGCAACAUGCAAAGAAAAGCUGCAUAUCACUUUCAAAGAGGGUCGUAGAAAAUUUGCAGACUUAUUUUAGUUAUAAGGGAACAAAGUUUGAAAGGGGUCUCAAGAAUGGCGAGUGCUACUGCGGUUCGCUCCCUAGAACCAACUCCCCUUUCGUACUACGAUACACGAGGACGAGUUAUUGGUGAAGUGAGGUCGAAAUGGGACGCCGAGCUGACUAACUAUCAGACGGACUUCACGGCCAAGACCAUUGUGCUACGUCAAAAACGGCCCACGUCUAGUAACAGGAAGAACAAACCCCACCCUAAACAUGUCGCCCACCUUCGAAGGUUGACUAAUGAGCCUGUCUGUACAGUGACGACUGUCAUCAGCCAGAUCGACCCCUCGCCAUCGGGAUCAUUGUGGAUGCAGUCGUUCAUGAAUGCUCAGUUCAAGCUCCCGUCGACCACGCCAGGAAGGACCACCCGGUUCGGAUGCAACAAGAACAAGCAUCUCUUCGCUUCGGGCAUCGUGCCAACCCAUGCAAGGCGUACAGACGAGAAAGAGGAACCAUUACUACCAUCGUGCGCACAGAAAUCAAUCAUGAUGACAAGCUCCAAUCCCUUUCAAUACGUCCCAAGAAAACGGAAAAUAACCCCAACAAUUCUUGAUGAGAGCAUUGUUCUUGAACCGCCCCCACCCGAUAAGAUCCCUCUCGGGAAGCCGACCCGGUGGAAGACAUCCAAGAGACUGGUGGGGAGCGCUCCAGCAGCAACGCUUCAGGUCUCUAAUUUUGACGGUGGAGCGCCGCCCGACUACACCAAAACCAUCACGGGUCGCAAGCGGUUCUGGUACCCGGCCAUCGCGGGAGGGAUCGUGCACAUACCCGGCUACAUGAGACAUUUCUAAACAGGGAUGUGCAAAUUGAACUUUGACAAAGGAACAAAAUCCAUUACGCUUGUUAGCUACUAGAGCAGGAACCAUGCAGGGUUUUUUCCGGAUAGGCCACACGCUUUGAAUAAUAACACCGCAAGUUGUCUCAUUUU